UGGUGAGUCUGCUACUGGUACUUUUUCACUUGUUUAAUAAGGCACUUUUGGACCUAGGGAAACAUUGAUACUUGAGAUGAUACUACCGGUAGAUACACAUAAGAAUAUAAAUUUCAUAAUUUAAUGUGACAAAAAGAAUUAAUGAUUUACAAAUAUGGCAACGUUGGAUAGAGCAUUUGUGCGUGCAUCAAAGUCAAGGGCAACAUUACCUGGUCGAGUUGAUUCAAUUUUUCAGCCUGCAAGAUUGCAUUGUGCUAAAUGCAGACGAGAGAAUAAAUGCAGGUCACAAACAAGAUGGGCGAAAAUGCAUUUACUGCCUGUAUCGGACGACAAACAAAUAGGAGAAGUUUGCACUUCCAUGCAAGAGAGUGUGGAGAACGUGCCAAUGAUCCGACCAACACAUUGCCGGCGUACUUCUGAAGCGUUUUCAAACAACAAUGGCCGUAUUAUAAAAAUAGCAAGAAGACGUUCAACGAAAACAAAACCUGGCAACGCUGUUACUUCAACAACCGAUAUAUCCAAAGUAGCAAAAAUCGUCAAUUCCAGUGACGUCAUCAACUCAAGACGUGUCAGUGCGGGGGGAGAAUCGUUUGUACGAGCGAGAAGAGAAAAUUCUGCUCAUUUGAUCAAAAGCGCAGAACUUCGAAGGACAGGCGCAUUUCGUUUGGGUCGGAAUUCCCACAGACCAAUAUCUGGAAUUACGGAAGUCGGAAAUAGAAGGCCUUCAGUUGCGGUGUUACGCAAAGAGAGUCUCACCAGUGAUAAAAUGAAUAAUCUUGUGCGUGCAAUUCAUACUCGGAGAAGUUCAGGAUUAGCCAUUUCUGUGAAAUGGAAUGAAAUUUCAACUUCGAGAAUACGCGAGGAUUCGUAUGAAGAAAGGUCGAUGUUCUGCAGACAAAAUCAUGGCUGUUCCCGUAUUUGUGGUGAUUGUGCGAACGAUAUUAUUCAAAGAUAUCCAAUAUUGGAUCAGGAAGUAACAAGCGUUGUGAACGAAAGACUGAAUAAGAAUAUAUCAGGAUUGAAAGAAAAAGAAACUAAAAACAUGGGUUUACACACAAUGUUCUCCACCCCACCGCCAGCUCAAUAUAGAAACGUCAACAGAUUUGACAUUGAUGAAUCAUGUUCUCCAAAGUAUCAACGCAUGGAUGAAAAUUACAUUCCUGUUGCAAGCGAGGCAGUCAUGGAACUUCUCAAAUCUCGACGCCGCUUCGGUUCUACUCUCAGUGUGUGUGCAUCAAAAAAAGUCAAAGGAAAGGGAUUUUUGUCAGCAGUAACAAAGUCUAGAUUAUGGAGAAAACCACGGGCGAGAAAAUCCGUAAGCGGACGUUUAAUUUCGGACAACAACGUCGUAUCUUCACCGAAUGUGCAAAAAACAAAAGCUAUCACAAAAUCUCAAAAUUUGACGAAGAGAAGAACAGAAGAACCAACCAAAACAACUUUUUCGCCACACCCUUGUAAAAUAAACGAUAAAUUAAACUUGAAAUCGGUUCAAAAAAAAGAAGACGAAAUCUCCCUAUUGUCUGCUGAGCGCUUGUGGGAAGAAUUCGCCGAAAUCACAAACUCCGGUCAAGAUGAACCGCAGCUAUCGAAACAAGUACUUGGCUUCAAAAUGAGAAGUUCAGACAACGCUAUAAGAUACUCAGGGAGAUGGAGACGAAAUAGUCUGCCUCAUACACCAACAAGAACAUUUGAAAAGAAAUACUCAAGUGGAGAGGGCCUAAAUCUUGACAAGCUUAGCGAAAUGAACAAUUUAAGAAGUUUUCUUUCAAUUAAAUUAUUUGCAUGGUCGUUCCGAACAUUUCUCGAAUCCGAAUUCAGUGAAGAAAAUUUGGACUUUUGGUUGGAGUGUGAAGCUUACAAAUACCAAAAACUAUCGCGACAAACUAAGACAGCUACAAAGAUUUUUGCCAAAUAUCUGGCAACUGAUGCCCUGAGAGAGGUCAACGUCGAUGUCCAAAUCCGCAAAAACAUUGAAGCAAAGUUGGAUAGUCCAGAUAGUUCAAUAUUCCACGAAGCUCAAAGUCAUAUAUACGAUUUGAUGAACAAAGAUUCAUAUCGACGAUUUCAAGAAUCGGACGUUUAUCAAAAAAUGAAAUUGGCUACGGAAAGCAGAAAAAAGAAAAUAAAAAUGGCAAAAAUUUCACAGAAAAGAAACUUUGAAAGUGAUUCUUCAGCAACGAUGACAAAGAAAAUCAAAACAACUGAAAACUAAAACAAAAUGGCAAACUGUCCAAUCUUUUGUUUAAUAUUUCCUGUAAUACCAGAUUCAUAAUAUGGGAUUUGGAAUACUCAAAAACAAUGAAACAACGAGUCUACUGCUAUAAAUUCAAAUUCAUCUAAGACCACGAAUAGCAGCGUUGCAAAUUUAGGAUAAGGAUGGAAUGCUCCAUUUUCAUUCAAGAGUUUUCUGGUUUACUCUAUCUUGAACUUGAUCAAUUUAGCAUUUGAAAUGCUUGCAUUUAACUGUAGUAAAAUCUUUACUCUAUUAUGAGAAUUUAAUCGUUUCAAUGUCAAGAUAACACCUUUUUACGCUGAAUAAUCACACUGUUCCUUUUUUUAAUGUAAUGUUUGUUUUGUCGCUGUUAGUUGUGCUUUAUAUCAUCACUGUCUUUGCACUUAUAUUAUAAUAAAAACAUAUAAAAUAAUAA